CCGUGGUUAAGGCAAAAACCAUGGGUUCUUGACUAACCACCCACCCAGCGAUGGGAAGAUCUUCCCAUCGAUGGGUAAGCGGCCCCUCAGCCAAACCAGUUUCCAGAACCAUGCCAAACAGCGAUGGGGAGUUCUACCCAUCGCUGUUAAAGCCUUGGUGCAAUAUUAACACAAGGCAGAACGACCUUGCCCAGCGAUGGGAAACCUAUCCCAUCGAUGGGAACCCAGCGAUGGUUCGCUCGACUCUUAUCGGCUUGGACCUACUUGGCUACAUAGAUGGUACCAUGGUUGCUCCGCCCAUGGCUAUUUCCGGUUCCCCCAACCCGUGCUACUCUAUCUGGUUCCGCCAGGAUCAAUCCAUCGUUGGCGCGCUCCUCGGCAGUUGUGCUGAUGUUGUUCAACCUCUCAUAUCUACUGCAGACACCGCACACGCUGCAUGGAUGAGCCUUCACACUGCGUUCGCCAGUGCGAGCCGCGGCCGGGUUGUCUCUCUCAAAUCCAAACUGGGCAAAAACCCCCGUGGUGAUCGUCCAAUGGCUGAUUAUUUGUUUGACAUGCGCUCCAUAGCGAAUGAACUUGCUCUCAUUCAAAACCCUAUCUCUGAGGAAGAUCUUGUAGUCCAUGUUUUAAAUCAGGUUGGUGAUGACUACGAUUCCAUAUCCUCCGCUGCGUUACUUCGCCCCACGGCCAUCUCCUUCACGGAGCUUGGAGAUAUUUUAACAGAUCAUGAGCGAAAGCUUAAAUCAUCUGACGAGGCGAAAUCUACCAUUGUUGCAACAGCCAAUUAUACACAGAAUCUUCGUGCUAGUCGCUCUCCUGCCCCUGUACCACAUCGUGAUGGUGGCAGCACUGUUUUCAAUGGUCGGCGUGGGCGUAGCACAGGAGGUGGUGGCUCACGGCCUGCUCGACAACAAUCUGGGUGUCACUUUUGUGAUAUUCUGGGUCAUGAUGUGAAGGACUGUCGCAAACUUGGCAGGUUUCUGCGUACGCAUGGCAUCUCGCCAUCACCUGCAGCGCACAACACAAUGGUGGCUGCACCUCCUGGUCCUCAAUGGAUCUGAAAACGGGGGCCAAACUUCUCACCGGGGAUAAUAUUCAUGGCGUGUACUAUGCUCGUCCGCCUAGGUUGCCACCACAAGUGUCUUUCCAUGAUCGAGGCUCUGUUUCAGACUUUCACCACAGCCUUGGUCACCCAUCAAAUAAAAUUCUCCUUUCCAUGUUACGCAAUUGUAAUAAAUCUUUUUCUCCAAA